AUGCGUAGAAAUUGUGACAAGAAUUUUACCCCAAAUAAUUCAUCAAUACAGGGAGAAGCAGUAGGCAGCAUCUCAGUAAAUUUGAUGGUAUCAACACAACACAUUGAAGUCAAUCUCUCUGAACUGAAAGGAUACGAGAAACAUAUCAUUGUCGAACUAAUCGAGGAGAACAAUAGUGAGUCUGAUAAAGCUUUUCAGUGCAAUCAAGAGAGUUUAAUCAUUUUAUACGAGGCAGACAAGCUAUCUACUGAUGCCGUGAUAUACAUCACAUGGGUACUAGAGAGGUAUAAAGGGUGUAAUAAGGUAUUCUUUUGCUGCAGUGACAUCUCAAAACUACUGCCUGUAAACUCACUUUACACCAUUGUUCAACUUCUCGAACCUUCUAAUGGAGAGAUUGCUGAAGUCUUGGAAUUCAUAGCAAAACAAGAAGGCAUACAGCUACCCUAUCAGUUGGCCGUUAAGAUUGAUAAUGGCACGAAGAAUAACCUAAGACAAGCCAUACGCUCAUUUGAAGCUACCUGGCAAUUCAAUUCAUCCUUGAAAGAAGAUCAGGAUAUCAAGACUGGAUGGGAAUAUAAAAUUGAGAAACUGGCAAAAAACAUAAUAGAAGAGCAAAGUCCCAAGCAAUUUGCCUUUACUCAAAUCUAA